AGUCAAUAGUCCAGCAGCAAUGGAGAGAGAGGGCAGAGUAGGCUGGCGAGAGGAGGAGACAAUAUAAAAGAAAGAAGAUAUCAAACACCAGUGAGGUGUUGUCGGGAAAAGUCAAACUUUGCUGUUCUCAGACAUGGAUGACUUUGUUCGUAACAAAUUGACUGAAUGGGGUCUCAGCGAAUGGAUAGAUAGAUUUAAAGAUGAAGGCAUUGACAAGGAAAGUCUUUACUGUCUCAAUGAUCACGACAUUGAACAACUGUUUCCAAAAGUGGGACUGAGGGCAAUAUUCAGGAAGAAACUCCAGUUGUUGAAGGAGCAUGAAGCUGCAGCUGAUUCUACUCAGGUUCAGCCAUCCACCAGCCACACAGGUGAUAAAGGCAAAAAAAAGUUGGAUCCUCAGGGCAAAUGUCAAUCACCAACCACUAAACGACAAUGUGACACUAUACCGGGAGAAAAUUCAGAAGAAAUCAUACUGGGUGAAGUGACGGAAAUAAUGGAAAAAGUCAGACAAAAUAUACAACAAGGCAAAACAUUUAACACUUUUCUGACAGAUAAAAUCAGAGAUUUGGAAACAGACAAGAGGGAGCUGGUUGGUGUCUUUGGUAAAACAGGGGCUGGAAAGAGCUCCUUGAUAAAUGCCGUCAUUGGAGAGGAGAAUCUCUUGCCCUCUGGAAGUGGCAGUGCAUGUACCUCAGCAAUGAUUAAAGUGGAGGCGAACGUGGACAACCAAAACUAUGAAGCAGAAAUUGAGUUCAUUACAAAAGAGGACUGGAGAGAAGAGUUGUGGAACUUUGACAAAUUCCUUAAAGAAGAUGGUUGUGAUGAUGGUGAUGAUGAUGACGAAUAUCGUGAAAAGCUGUCAGCGCUUUAUGGAGAAGGAUGGGAAGAUAAAUCUCCCGAUGAACUCAUGGACAAAAAUUAUUUCAGAGAAAUUCCAGAAUUUCUCAGAUCUGAGAAGAAGAUGUUGACAGGCAAAUCAGCUGAAGACCUAUCUGAAAAAUUAAUCCAAUACACAAGAAGGGAAAAAGACAGACAGGGGUGUUAUUGGCCACUAGUAAAGUGUGUGACCGUUAAGGUGCCCAAUAAAAAACUUCUUCAGCAUGUCACACUGGUUGAUCUUCCUGGAAAUGGAGACUGUAACAAGGGCAGAGAUGAAAUGUGGAAAAAGCUUGUUGCAAGUUGUUCAACUGUGUGGAUCGUAACGGAAAUGAAUCGAGCAGCAGAUGAAAAAGAAGCCUGGGAGAUCCUGGAAAGUGCCUGUAGCCUCAUGGGAAAUGGUGGCGAGUGUCAGCAGAUUCACUUCAUCUGCACUAAGUCUGAUCUUACUGAAGUUUCAAAAGCACGUUCAACAGAUGAGGCUCGUAAUCUCAGAUUUAAAGAAAAUGAGCAAACCAAGAAAGAUGUACGGAACAAUUUCAACCAAAGAAAAAAGAUUCAGAAACAUUUUGAACAGGACCGUUUCACAGUGUUUAUGGUGAGCUCCAAAGAGUUUCUACAGGGAAAAUGUCUGAAUACAGAUGAGAAUGAAAUACCCAAACUUCAGAAAUUUCUGCAAGAGCUCAAUGACCGUCACUCAGAAAACUUAAACUAUGUUUCUGGAGCUCAUGGGAUUCUUUCUCUGAUUGAAGGGGCCAGAUCUGGACAGGUGACUGGCAAAAAUGGAGAUGUGUGCACAGCCCUUGAAGACAGCAUGAGGCUUCAACUUGAUAAAAUCAGAAAACCCAUAAAAGAUGCUUAUGAGGCUUUUGAAAAAUGCCUUAGUGAAGGGGUCAAAAAUUCUAAAGAUUCAUGUGAAAAAACCUUGAAGUCCUUCUUAUAUCCAAAAGGAAAAGGAGCCGGCAGUGCUUUUCACAAGACACUGAAGUGUGUAGUAGUGAACAACGGCACCCACAAGCCAAAAAAAAAGAAACAAAUUAAUCUCAAUGCAAAGUUAGCUUCAUGGCUGACUGACAGCAUUGAUGAGGAAUUCAAGAAGACCUUCCCAAAUGACAGAAGAUGUGGACCAUUCAACGGGGUCAUCAGUGAGUUUUCACUUGACACCCAGGGGCUGAUUCAAAAGUACAAAGAUUUUGAGCUGCAACUGACGUUUCUCAAGACAGAGGAAGAAAAGAUUAAGACAAAACUCCACAACAUUAUCCGGGACAAAAAGAAAACCAUCUACAGCAGUCUGACAGAGUUAAUCAAGAACAGCAUGCAAGAAUGCUAUAAAAGAGCAGCCGAGUUUAGAGGAAAGGACACUCUGAAAAACAUGAGGGACACUCUUGAGAUGCAUGUGCGUGAUUCAAAGAACACCAUGUUUGAGAACGCUAAAGAUGAUAUGUUGGCCCAGCUGAAUCAGUUGAAGGAAAACAUCCUGAAGACACUGGAGGAAACUAUGCAGACAUCAAUUGAGCUGUCACUCAAGACAGAUGAUGCAGCACUCCCAGAUUUUACAACAGAGCUUGAGAUGGUGAAAAAAUACCACAGUAUCUUAAAGUGCAGAGCUGUAAAGAGACCAGCAUCCAUGUCAUCUCCUCUUGCUUUUAAAGAAAGCCAUUCUUCCGAAACAAACACUGGUCCACCUGGCCCAACAGAUGCACUACAAAAGCCAGAGUUGACUUAAUUGUGCACAGGUUUCUUCAGAGGAGAAAAACAGCACAGGCCUGAUCACCCACUGAAGGUCCUGUGGACACACUGAUCUGGAUUUUCUCUCAACCAUUUUUGUCAAGUUAUUAUCCCUUUUUUCUUGGAGUGGUACACACUCCAAGAAAAAAAAGAGGAAAUGUGACAAACCAGUGGCCUCUUACUCAUUCAGUUACUUCAUUCAGUUUUCAUUUUUUAUUCCUAUUUUACCAUAAAAGUCUGACUGCAUCGAUUCUAAAUACAUAAAAGUAUUACAUAUGCUACACUUUCCAGUAAACUUAAUAGUCAACUUUUGAGUGAUGUAGUUUGUGAUGUAGUUUUUCUUAUUCAUUGUUAAACAAUUUUGCUUUUCUUUUCUGAAGCAGCAAGGUCACUAUAUGAACUCAUAUAUAUGAAUAUCUCCCUGAUAUAUGAAACAUGACAUACUCACUCAAAAUUACUGCUGGUGCUACUCAGUGUUUAAUGAAUGUUCAGUGGGAUUAAGAACAUUAAUAUCAGUGGCAUGAUCAGGAAACCACUCCCAGAUUAUGUUGCAGUAAAACAUGUUUAGCAAGUGCUUUAAGGUCAGUUCCUCUUCACAACAUCCACAUCAUUUCCACAUCAAUCCUUGUAGUGACUAAUUCUUACUCUUUAGCAGCUACUGGCUACUAAUGGCAUAAAAUACCUAUAUAUGUGUACUCAGAAACAAUAUUCAGUCUUUUCCAAUACUUCAUAUAUGCUGCAGUUAUUUUGUUACUAAUAUCCAUUUCCUGUAUAGUUUGUCACUUCCCAAGCUUUCAACAUAAAGUUAAAACAAAUACAGCCAAACAAUAAAUCUGAGCACAGUCAAAAACUGUUUGCUCCUUUUCAUCAGCAACACAUGUGAUAACUGGGAUGAACUUAAAUAACCUGUGGCCAGUCUGGCCUUUACCAUAGACCCCCUAGUGCUUGAAUUUUACAUUUAACACAAGUCAAAUACAUGGCUCCUACAGUUGUGCCCUGCUCCCAGUGUUUUCCCCAGCCAAUCAGCUCCUUGCCUGUUCUCCUGUCUAGUUACCUGUUCCCUAUUCCCUCAUUGGUUCAGUUUGUAUUUAAGUUUUGUGGUUCAGUUUUGUUUUGUUCGCCUACAUUCCUGAGUGUUGAACAAAUAGAUAUGGAUUUUUCAGUUCCUGCUUCCUGCUGUCUCCUACAUUUCAGUCCACCUGCUUCUCUCCACCUAACAGAUACAAGACCGUCCUCUUAUAUGUUGUGGCUUGGAGAGCACACCGCUGAUCCCGAGCAUUUGUCAUUUUAUACUUUUUAACACAUUUAUUGUUAACUGUUACAGUUAAAUAUCAAGUGUUUUUAACAUCUGUCUGUGCAAUGUAGCCUAUUCUCUGUCUGAAAUAAAAAGAAAACCGCAUUAAGUCA